GGACAUCAUUCCUAGAUGUGUACUGAUGUGUAUCUGUUUGGAGAGAAAUAGAAGAUUUUUCGACAUUAAUGCUUUGAGAAGCAACCUUUUCAAAUUGGAUUGGAUACACAUGAUGACAAAGUUGAGGCCAUUUGUCCACACCUUCCUGAAAGAAGCCAGUAGUUUAUUCGAGAUGCACAUUUACACGAUGGGUGAACGUCCUUAUGCAUUGGAAAUGGCAAACUUACUUGACCCUGGAGGUAUCUACUUCCAUUCUAGAGUGAUUGCUCAAGGAGACUGCACCCAGAGGCAUCAAAAGGGUCUCGAUGUUGUUGUGGGUCAAGAAAGUGCUGUCCUGAUCCUUGAUGAUACUGAAGCGGUAAGCAAUUCUCUAGGAGUAUCAUGUUUCCUCCACGAAGAAUGAAAGAAUUUCUUUGGUGGUUAGGAGAAUGCUAAUACCAUUGAGAUAGUUCUUAUUCCAUAUAGUAAUUUUCCUUCUCAAAGAAAAAGAAUGCUAAUAUCAUUGAAGGCUUAUCACAUACAUACAAAGAGAGAGUUAAUUGGAUUAAAUUUAAGUUCCCGCCACCCUAAUUCCAUGACAGCUUUCCAUUUUUCUUGUA